AUGAGAAUUACUGUUACGAAGGAGACAUUUUGGGGACGGCAUGGAAAGAAGAUCGCCAAUAUUCUUGGCAUGCUAGCUUUUAUGUUUGGCUACGCAUCAGGAUUUCUCCAUGCAUUCUUCAUGAAGAAGAAAGAAGAAAUCGAAUUUCAGAAGAUAAUAGAUAAUCUGCUAACCCUCAAAGGGAUCAAGAGAUACCAGAUUUUAUUGAAGCUUGGUCGCCAAAACUCGCUGAAAUUCUUCUUGGUGAUACUGACACAGUUUUUACUGUCAGUACAAUAUUUAUUCGUUUUGAAAAGCAGAAGAAACGUAAGCCUUUUAUAUUUGACUUGCUUUACAAAAUGUCGGAGGCUUCUCAUGAUGAGAGUAAAACAGUGCUCCAGGGAAUUAUGA